GAAAAUAUUCACCAAAUAAAGUUAGGUUAGGAAAAGCACACAAUCAAAUAAUCAUCCAACAAAAUUUAAAAACAAUUCAAGUUAUCCAAUUAAUAAAUUGAAAUGGCAGACGAGGAAAACGUAAAUGGUAAUUCAGAGGAUUCCGAAAAGUCGCAAAAAAAAGGUGCUAAAUAUGACAGUGGGGCGGCGGAUUUAGAAAAGGUUACGGAUUAUGCCGAAGAAAAAGAAAUUUCCACUCAAGACGUUGCGGAUGCUAUAUCAGCUAUUGGUGAUCGUAGAAAUAAGGAAGCUCUUGAAAAACAAGCAAGGGAGAAAGAACUGUUAAAAGUUUCAAUUAAAAAGGAAGAUGUUGACUUAAUUGUUAGGGAAAUGGAAAUAUCCAGGAUAAGAGCCGAAAGAACUUUAAGGGAACAUCAUGGGAACGUUGUGAAAGCUUUAAUUGCAUUAACUGAUUAAUAUAAAUAAUAAAACUUUAUGUUAAAAGU